GUAACAACAUCUAGCGAGCGCGGAGUUGUCCCUAAGUUUUCCACUGUGAAUUUUAUCUAACGUGGUGAACGGAAGCCGGCCGAUGCGCACAUCUCGUUGCCGCAUCCCGUUUCACUCGGCCCUCCGCCAAUCGCCUCCGACCUCCGACCAAACGGACCUCUACACCUCGAUUCUCCCUCAGUCUUACUGUGGGCGGCGCGACGCACGCACGUACGCCACGGUCGCUCGGCAUCCGCUCGCGAGCUUUCGAAUUUUACCUGUGGAUUGUCAGUGACAUGUGUCUGUAAAAAAUACUUAUCAAAUAUAAACAUUGUGGAUUUUUUUCUGGAUUAACACUGCCCUGUUUCGAGUUCCGGGAAAAUCACAUCAUAUCAUAUUCAAGUUAUUUCUUUUUGGAGUGCCGUGUUAAGCUCAAAGAUUUGAUCUUCGAAGUGGCUGUUCUGUAAAGAUACGAAACAGCUACGGAUUGGCAAGAACAUCGCAGAUAGCAAGGACUCGUGCUGAAGAAUAUGGACGAUAAAUCAUGCUCAAUGAGCGCUCGGAAAUGAAACAAAAAACGAGAAAGAAACUGUUCAAACAUAAACAAACUGAGGCGAAGUUAUAGCCAACACAUUCACCAAAGUCAUGUGAAGCUAAUGUUCAUUAGUGCAACUGUCAUAUCGAAGAAGCAUAUCUUGUGACAAUCGUAAAACACGAAGACAUAUCUCAUUAUUUAUGCUAGUCACCCUUUUGUGAUUAUAGAUAGUGUAAACAUUAUUGCUCAAAUUCUAUAAAGAAGAUUUUUUGAUUUAAACAUCCUAGAUUUUAAUGAAGAUAAGACUUAAAAUAUUCAAGUUUUGAAACAUGUAUUGAGCUAAUCAGAUAAACAUAGAACUUUAUCCAGUCUAUAUCUUGAUAUAAGUUGUGACUAGAAUGAAAUACUACAGCAUGUUUUUCCGAAGGCGGACGUUGAUACUAAAGGCUGUGCUCAUACUGACAGCGAUAUGGUUUAUGGUUGCCUUGUUGACCACUAAUGGCGGUUCAAGGAACGCGAUCGUAGCACCAGCGAUCGAAUACGAUGAUGCGGAGGCGAAACCCUUGAAAAUGGCGAAGCCAACAUCCACAAAAAGGAAGAGCGAGACUUACGGCAAUAAUCUAUCUGAUGCACCAACGCGGGUCGAUUGGAUGGGUCGGCUUGCGGGAAAUGAAGGGCUAGGCGUGAUCGCUGCUCCUGGCUCGGACAACGCUCCCGGAGAACUUGGCAAACCAGUCGUUCUGCCGAAGAAUAUAAGCGAUGACACGAAGCAAGCCGUCUCAGAGGGAUGGAAGAAGAACGCCUUCAACCAAUACGUUAGCGACCUGAUAUCGAUUAGGAGAAAGCUGCCGGACCCCAGGGACGAGUGGUGCAAAGUGCCGGGCAGGUACCUAAAAGACCUACCGCAGACGUCCGUCGUGAUUUGUUUCCACAACGAAGCGUGGUCGGUGCUACUUAGAACCGUUCACUCGGUGCUGGAUCGAUCGCCAGCGCACUUGAUCAAGGAAAUCAUUCUUGUUGAUGACUUUUCUGAUAUGCCUCACCUAAUGCAGCAGCUUGAUGACUACAUGUCAUCAUUACCAAAAGUUAGGAUAGUCAGAGCUACACGACGUGAGGGUCUCAUCAGAGCGCGUUUACUUGGAGCCCGAUACGUCACUGCACCCGUUCUUACCUAUCUCGACAGCCAUUGCGAGUGCACUGAAGGAUGGCUCGAACCAUUACUAGAUAGAAUUGCACGUAGCAAGAGUACGGUCGUGUGCCCCGUAAUUGACGUCAUCGACGACAAUACCCUCGAGUAUCAUUAUAGAGACUCAUCUUCAGUCAAUGUUGGUGGUUUCGACUGGAAUCUCCAGUUCAAUUGGCACCCUGUUCCUGCGAAGGAGCGAGCGAGACACCAACAUACUGCGGAGCCUGUCUGGUCUCCGACUAUGGCUGGUGGUCUAUUUGCUAUAGACAAGGAAUUCUUUGAGCGACUGGGGACUUACGAUAGCGGUUUCGACAUUUGGGGCGGUGAAAAUCUAGAGCUGUCAUUCAAAACAUGGAUGUGCGGUGGAACUCUAGAAAUAGUUCCGUGUUCGCACGUCGGUCACAUAUUCAGGAAACGUUCACCGUACAAGUGGCGGACCGGUGUCAAUGUACUCAAGAGAAAUUCUGUGCGAUUAGCUGAGGUGUGGUUGGACGAUUAUGCGAAGUACUACUAUCAGCGGGUUGGUAACGAUAAAGGUGAUUUCGGAGACAUUACCGGCCGUAAAGCUUUAAGAGAAAAGUUAGGUUGCAAAUCAUUCGAGUGGUAUUUGAAGAACAUUUACCCCGAACUGUUUAUUCCUGGAGAAUCUGUUGCUCACGGCGAGAUCCGAAAUGUCGCCUUCAAAAAGAUAUGUUUGGACUCUCCGACGCGCAAGUCAGAUCAUCAUAAGCCAGUCGGACUAUACCCGUGUCACCGGCAGGGAGGAAAUCAGUACUGGAUGUACUCGAAGAACGGCGAGAUUCGACGUGACGAGACGUGUCUGGACUACUCUGGACACGAUGUGGUGUUGUACCCCUGUCACGGAGCCAAGGGCAACCAGCUGUGGCUAUAUGACGCCCAUACGAAGUUACUGAAGCACGGUUCAAGUGAAAAAUGCAUGGCGAUAUCAAGGAGUAAAGACAAAAUAGUUAUGGAGACGUGUAACGAGUCUGAGGCCAGACAAAUGUGGAAUAUGGAGAACUUUAACGCUGAGAGGUUAGCUCCCGAGCUGGUAAUGGCAGAGUAGCCGGAGGCGUACCUUGAAGUGCUGUUCAUUUAAAACGGCAAUGACAAUAUAACUAAUAUUGUGACUGUGACUUAGUGUUAAUUUAAAUGGUUCACUUGUUGUCUGAUGCAAUGAAUGCUUGUAGUUAAACGUGUAUUUUAUUGUAUAGUGGGAUACUACGAGCUGUUUAUCGGUAGACGAUAAGGCUUCAUGUAAACAGGCUUGUUGUACAUUUUCGAUUGCUGAUAAAAUAUGAACCCCGUUGAACUUGGCCUACUGACGACUGAUGUGUUUGAUUUUAGUUUCGCUUGAAUGCCAUUUGUUUAGUUCCUACAGAUUCUGUGCGAAAUGUUCGGGACAAGAGAAUUUGUGGACGGUAAAAUUUUUGCGUUUGUCUACAACUGUUUUAUCGUUGGUGCUUGCCUAUGUUUGUUUUAUCGCGAGACACCUUUAUUUAUUAUUUCUAAAAUUGUUAUUAAUCUUGCUGUUGUUGAGAACCGACAUUUUAUUUAUGUUUAAAAUUUUCUUUUCUUUAUGCAACUGUUAUUCUUACUAUUUAAUGGGAAACUUAUCUAAAUUAUACAUAUCUUUAUAUAUAAAAACGUUUUAUCGAUAUUUUCAACUAGGAUGAAUGUUUAUUGCCGUCUUUUUAUAAAUUUAAAAGUGUUUUAUGUAAAAAUAAUGUUGUAAUAGUAUUCUUUAUCGAGUAUUAACUAACUGGUUAGAUUUUAGUAUACACUUGAACUGUACAUAUCUUUGAUAUCAGUAUGCUUCAAUAUAUUUAUUACUAUUACUUAAAUUACAAAAUGGACGACCUAAGGAAUAAAUCAGUGACUGAAAUAUGGAAUGAAAGUCAGAACGAACCCUUUUAUGAACGCCUAUACGUCAUAUAUCAGACCUAAUGCUGGCACUUAGCGUAUUUGUUGAAAUAUUGGCUAUGAUUAGCCAUUACAAAAUGUGCUUUAUGCCUAUGGAAAUAACGUUUAUUCUUCAUCAAGUGAAUAUAUCUAAUAUUCACACGAAUAUGCCAAGUUAAGUGCUACCAUGACGUUUCAUGAUAUUUACAUAUUCACAUAAAAUUCUAAUGAUAUAAUUAUGUCUCCUCCAUGAAAUAUGAAAAUCAUUGCAUUAGCACAUCAAAUAUGACGUAAAUGUAAUAUGUAAAAAGUUAAACUUUUGAGAAGUGUUAAAGAAAAUUUUGUUUUUGAUUUUUUCAAACACAUAUCACAAAUCUGUUUUUUUUUUUGUAAUGCACUAUAUAUUUAAAUCCAAGGUCAACAAUGAUACAUAAAGGGUAUUUCCAAAUAUAUCAAAAUUUAUGUUUAGUUGUACGUAAAUUACAUAAUUGUGAUUUAUCUAAAAAUACAUUUCAAUAGUCGUAUUGACUUACGUCGUAGAUUGUAAAAAUUUUAGUGAAAUUGUAAAAUAAUAAACGAUAGAUUUUUAAAAGUAUGUUAUUCAAUAAGAAAAUAUUUUUGUACUCAUAAGUUACUGAGCGAAUUUAUUUUUUAGUCACAAUGUACUGUUUUCAGUUUUUCGAAGGUGACCGAUUAAUUUUUGAAAUUUUUCUUAAAAUAAUAGAAAAUUUAAUUUGAAUGAGAUCACAUAGAUUUUUGUGGAACUUUUAUAAGUAAAAGUACAUUGACAUUAUUAUUAAGCUAAUAUUCAAGAUAACGUUUUUAAUAUCUAAACAUUCCUGGCGCAUUUUAUUAACUGCAAAAAUUACUUCACUGUGUCUUUAAUUGAAAAUAUAACAUUCCUCUUUGUGAUCGAACACAAAAAUAUAAUUAAUGAUACCCUUAAAUAUUCCCUAACAGUUUAAAGAAAUUAUUAGGUAGUGUAUUAUUAAUUUAGACCUUCUAUUAUUAACUCCACAUUUUAGACUAUGAGCCAGUAUUUUUUAUUUUUCUUCUAGAGCAUAAAAUUAAUAGACAUGACACGAUACUGCCAGAUUAGUCUUCCUAGGUGUUUGUGCUUAAUUUAGUCACUUUCCUCUUUCUAAUCAUUUCAUAUUAACAUACGCCGAGUUACGAAGCCUUACAAUGAUCCUGUUUAGGUGUGAGAAAGGGAUGGUGUAUAUAUCUUGUAUAGCUUUGUCUUUCUGUAACACGAACGCCCGAGUACACGGACAACAUAAACGUCCGUUUUUCCGACUGUUAACUUUGAAAACAAAACGUGAAAAGUUAUAGUAAACAAUUGAUUUAAGAAAAUUUACGUUUUUGCUGUCGGUGAACUUGGACCGUAGUUUGGAUCAGUGUAAGGAAUCAUAACGGCCCCAGCAUAGGACUACGUAAAUAUUUGACUGAAUAUAAUUUGUGAAUAUCGUCGAUCGUGUAGAAAUAAAAUUAUUUCCGAUAUAUAUCGGAGAUCAUUUUAUUUAUAGCUAGCUUUUACGACUAAAAUAGGAACGAUGAGAAAUUGAAUUAGACUUUAUUAACAAUUGUUUGUUCAUCUGCAAUUGAUGCUGUCAAUGUGUUAUUAUAUUUCAAUUAGAGAAUUGAUUUUUUAAUUGUAAACUUUUGUUUAAUUCUACAUUUAAUUUAUUAUCACGUAAUAUCACACGGUAACUUUUAAUUCUGUAUAGAGUUUCGUUAGCUAUGAAAACUGUCACAAUUAUUUAAGACUAUUUUAGAAAAUAAUUUGACAUUAAAAUGUUUAAUAUUUUUUGAGGAAGAGAUUGUUUUAGUUGAAACUUUAUUCCGUGAUUUGAAUGUAAAUAGCUUCUUAUAGUUGAGGAGUAUCUAAACGCGGUUAUUUUUUAUUGGGAGAGGUGUGAAGUUAAUUUUCUUUUUCAGAUUAGUGUAGCAAUAUUUUAUGAUGUAUGUACAUUUAUUGAAGUUAAUAUACCAAAUUUUAGUAGUUUUCUUUAUUGAUUUUGCUUCUCAAUUUAAAAAGCAAAAAAAGGGAAUUUAUUUCUAUGGAGCAAAAAAAAUGCGCUAUUAACUUCACACCCUGUAUGUAAAAAUAAAACCGUGCAUUCACAAUUGUAUAGUUAGUAAAUUAUUAGAAAUAUAACUAAAUAGAUUAUGUAAUAAGAUGUUUUAAUGUGCCUUAUAACUUUACAUAAUUAUUGAAUGUUGAAAUUUCUGUAUAUAAUGCGGUGUCUCCAAAUGUAAUUAUACUAGGUAUGUACUAUAGCGUAACAUUUAGAUGGCGAUUACAUAGUAUUUGUAAAAUAAAGCAUUAUGUUGGAUUUGUA